AUGGGCACGUUUACUGUUUGUGGACAGUACUUCUAUGGCCUUCAGAAGAUAACGUUCACAUUAUGUGGGAAUAUGGAUGAAAGGUUUGUGAAGCUUAAUCUGUGGAUUUGUAGCUUCUCUGCUAAUGUCAUAUCGCCAAAUAUUUUAUCCAUUUGUGAUGGUCGUUCGGAGGUUAAAGUCACUUUUGAACAACUGACUUUUAAACCAAUUUCCUGCGAAAUUGCCUCUGAUGCUUCGACGGAUAUUGAGUCUUUUUCUGUAUUUGCCACAUGUUCAUCCAAGCUCACAGACGAUCUUCGGUACUCGGAUUUAUGUGGCCGUCUUAUUAAUGGUGAAGCUCUACGGUGCAAAUUUUGUGAAGCUGACAUUGUCAAUAUUAGUGACGUGACAGAGGUUGGUCAGCUGUUACCAGUGGACUCGUUAGCAUCAUCCGAACCAAACAGCUUUUUUUGUCACUCUGUAGCACAGGUGCCGGAACAGACUGGUACGCCACUUUCGAGGACUGUUAACAACAUUCCAUCCUCCUCUGCUCUUUGUAAUGGAAUCGAAAUGAUCUUCAAUGCAGACUCUUGGGUUCCUUUAUCAACCCAAAGCGUCCCUGGAUCUGAAGGCGUAUUUUGCUCUAGAUGUCGGAUCAUGCUUGGUCGACUGGUGGGUGUUGGCGAUGAUGCUGUAGCCGUUCUCUGGACUAACACCGUUACCGUUUGGACUCGAGAAGUGGACAUUGAUGGCGAUUACCUUCGCCAUCUGUCCUAUUUCUCUGUUAGUCAGUACGAUGUGGAUUUUUUCGAAUUUCUUUUGUCGCAAAUGCUGAAGAAUAAUUGUUACCGGAUUAUUCUCUCCGCCGGUACCUUUGACAGAGCAGUGGACUACGCAUUGAUCUGGCUUUUUGACCAACGAAAGUGUCUGUACACCACAACUGUAGACACUUCAAAAGUAUUUUCCAAUUGUGAUGGUGAUAAUUCUACCCGCCCUGAUACAACGGAGAUUGUUGCUGAAAGAACACCGAUUUCUACUGUUCUCUACAAAGUUCUGGUUUCAAAUAAACAGUUGAUUACCCAAAAUUCCCGUGAUGCUACGCUGGAGGAAUGGUCGCGAGACUUUUCAGUUAGUCAUUUGCUUCUUCCUCUGGAGUGCUGCGUGAUGUUGACAACGUUUCUGACCCAAGUUACACGUCGUUUGCCUCCUCAACUUCGAUGUUCAGAAGGUUUUAUGGUAUGA